AUUACCUAUGCUGAUGUGGAUGUGAACUUCACUCGGGAAGAGUGGGCCUUGCUGGAUCCUUCCCAGAAGAGUCUCUACAAAGAUGUGCUGCUAGAGACCUUCAAGCACCUUACAGCUAUAGGCUACAAUUGGGAAGAGCAUAAUACUGAAGAACAUUAUCGACUAUCUAUUAGAUAUGGAAGUUGUCUCCAAAUGCAUAAAAGAAAACAUACUGGAGAGAAACCCUACAAAUGUAAUCAGUGCGGGAAAACUUUUUCACGACGCGGAAAUCUCCAGAGGCAUAAAAGAACACAUACUGGAGAGAAACCCUACGAAUGCAAUCAGUGUGGGAAAGCCUUUUCACAACACAGAUAUCUCCAAAAGCAUAAAAGAACACAUACUGGAGAGAAACCAUAUGAAUGUAAUCAGUGCGGGAAAGCCUUUUCACAGCACGGACAUCUCCAAGUACAUAAAAGAAAACAUACUGGAGAGAAACCCUACAAAUGUAAUCAGUGUGGGAAAGCCUUUUCACGACACGGACAUCUCCAGGGGCAUAAAAGAACACAUACUGGAGAGAAACCCUAUGAAUGUAAUCAGUGUGGAAAAGCCUUUUCACAAAAAGGAAAUCUCCAAGUGCAUAAAAUAAUACAUACUAGAGUGAAACCCUACAAAUGUAAUCAGUGUGGGAAAGCCUUUUCACAACACAUAUAUCUCCAAAAGCAUAAAAGAACACAUACUGGAGAGAAACCAUAUGAAUGUAAUCAGUGUGGUAAAGCCUUUUCACAACACGGACAUCUCCAAGUACAUAAAAGAACACAUACUGGAGAGAAACCCUACAAAUGUAAUCAGUGUGGGAAAGCCUUUUCACGACAUGGACAUCUCCAGGGGCAUAAAAGAACACAUACUGGAGAGAAACCCUACAAAUGUAAUCAGUGUGGAAAAGCCUUUUCACAAAAAGGAAAUCUCCAAGUGCAUAAAAUAAUACAUACUAGAGUGAAACCCUACAAAUGUAAUCAGUGUGGGAAAGACUUUUCACAACACGGACAUCUCCAAAGGCAUAAAAGA